AUUAACUAGAUUUUUCCAGAAAUGUUCAUGGUUCAUUAAUGGGUGAAUAUAUUGGCAGAAAAACAUAUAUAUGCAUUGAAAGACGACAAAACUCUAUGGAAGAAAGCCAUGGUUGAAGGGAAAUAUGAUCGAUUGAGGACUCAAUUGUGGCUGGAAGGCAAAAUUCUGCAAAAAUCAAAGGAAUUUGGGGAAAUUUAAAGGUAAAUUCCGUUUCAAUUCAAGGUGUCUUGGGUGUAGAAAUAGGAAAUUUAAAAAGAUGAGAGGGGAUUAUGAGUGAAAGCUAGCAAUUUAAAAGAUGUUAGGUUUUAAUUAAACCUGGUAGGAGUUUUCUCUCUCGCCGCCGCUAGGGUUUCCUUGCGACGGUCGAGUCCCUCGCCUAGGCGUUUCUCCCUGUUUUCGUGCAGGGCUUCUCCCUUGGUUUUCUCUUUUCGUUUCUUCCCAUGGCUCAUCCGCUUAUGUUGGCCUGGACUCAUCGCAAUCUCGGAGAGGUUUAUUUGUUUUUUGAGUCAACCAAAUCGUGCCUCCAACAAAUGCCGAACUCUGUUUUGCUCCCUGCAUCACAGCAAUCGACGAUGGAGAUGAUUUUGUUCCGAAUAGAUCUAGGGUUGGCUCACUGUUUUGCGUGCAAUUGUGCCGAGAGAAGGGGUGGCUUGAAUCUGUUUUGGCAGGAUGAGUUUGCCGUUCAAAUUUCCUCUUUCUCGCCAUUAUCAGAUCUAGGGUGGGCUUUGUUGUUCUGGGAGCAAUUGUGCCGAGAGAAGCCAUCUCACAUUGAGGUCGUAAUAGUAGAUCCGGGUGGAUGUCAAUGGCUUUUAACAGAGUUUUCCGGCCAACCAGAGACGGAUUCCCCUCUGCUUUGGUUGCGUUUAGGUGCCAUCAAUGCUACCUUGAGCAAAUCGGAAAAGGAGAAGGGCAUUCUCUUCUUCUGGUUAGGUUCUGCGUGGGAGGAUAUAAGUGGGUUUUGGUGUGGAAGGUCAAAUUUCCAUGCUGUGAAGGAAGAUGAUGGUGUUUUGCAGGGGCAGCAUGGCCCUCAAGCUGGUAAAGGGGCUCUAGAUCCCUUAUUAACCUAUGAUAGCCAGGGAUUGUUGAGGAUUGGAACAGAUGGGCAUAUGUUUGGAUGCACUUGCAGACGAAUUGGGUACCUGGCGACUGCACAGAGGAGAACCACACCCCUCCUCUUGAUUAUUAUUUUUUAAGAAAUAGCUUGGAUGGCAACCUAUAGUUUGGGGACUGUUUGUUGCCAAAAUCCGUUCUCUCCCCGAGAAGCUGGUUAAUUAGGUGAGGACGUCUAGUAGCUUUUGAUGCUCAUAGGGACCUUCCUUUCUACAUUAGUAGCCCUAUUUAGCCCAUACAGCGAUUGCACUUUGCAAUCUCUAGUUGCAGAUGGCUCUCUUUACUUAAUUGUCUAUAUUCGUCAUGGGCAUAGUUUAAAUCUGUUACUAGGCUGUAGGUUAUGCUUCUGCUGCUGAUUUUGCUGUUUAAGCUCUUAUGCGUUAGGCUAUAUGCCAUGUGAUGGAGUUUUUACUGUACUUUUCUUAUUAUUCAAUAUAUUUCUCCAUUUCUU